CCUCAAACAUCCUUUGCUUGAGUGAUCAAGUCGCAUCCACACCUUCUGGUGUCGCCCAGUCUCGUUUUCUCUUCUCUAAGAGUAAUCACUUAAAGGAACGUGACCAACUGCAGGCGAGGGAUCUAUAUCCGGUGGUUCUCUACUACGUUCAGGACGCAGAAAUGGGAUGGUUAGAUCCUACAGAUUCACAACUAGUACAAGAUGAUCAGGAUGCAGAAACAAGAUGUUCAGAUCCUCAGAAGAACUCUUAUUUUCAAUGCCCGCGGCAGAACAUGCCUCUACAGGAACCUGGACUUGGAUCUGACCAACAACAUUCAACAAAUAACCAGGCUUCUCUUGUUGAUCUUCAAAGUAUCAUUGGCUGUCAUGGCGGUACAACAGAGCAUGCUGAGAAUGCUGCUGAUCCUUCAGCUAAUCAAUCAAAUCAGCGUUAUGCCUUCGAAAUAUACGAUGCACGAAAAAGGCAAAUUCCUCAAGUCUCAGGCUCACAAUUUGUUAAUGAAAAUUGCAAUUCAAAGCCAUUCACACAUAGCCAUCCGAAUUCUAAUAGUAGUUGUGAUCAAGUAUCUAUGCAAGAGCCUGCACCACGGCCCAAAGAUCUAGCGGACAGUUGCGUAUAUUUAUUAAAUGAAUCAGACCGACACCUUGUACCACAACCCGAACAGCUAGCAUAUACCUAUCUAUAUAUAAAGGAGAAUGGAUGUUUGGUCUGGAUUGGUACAAUUAAAGUCGACAGUGAGGGAGAUGUUUUUAUGGAGCCUGAAAUAUAUGGCGAAUCACUUAGAUAUCUGUAUAUAAAGAAGAAUGGACGUCUGGUCUAUAUUGGUAAACUUCUAUUGGGCAAUGGGAGUGACGCUUCUACAGAGUUUGAAGUAUGCAGCGAAUCAGGCCAACACAUAAAUAGUAAUGCACACAGCCUUGUACCACAACCUGAAGAACAGAUAUCACUUACAGAUCUUUAUAUACAGAAGAAUGAUUGUCCGGUCUGCAUUGGUAAAAUAUUAGUGGGCAAUGAAAUAGACGUUUCUACAGAGUCUGAAGUAUGCAGUGAAUCAGGCCAACAUAUAAAUAGUAAUGCACACAGCCUUGUACCACAACCUGAAGAACAGCAAUCACUUACAGAUCAUAGUAAUGCACAUAGCCUUGUACCACAACCUGAAGAACAGCAAUCACUUACAGAUCAUAGUAAUGCACACAGCCUUGUACCACAACCUGAAGAACAGCAAUCACUUACAGAUCUUUAUAUACAAAAGAAUGGAUGUCCGCUCUGGAUUGGUACAGUAGUAGUGGACAAUGGGGGAGACAUUUCUACAGAAUCUGAAUUAUGCAGCCAAUCAGGCCAACACCUUACUAGUAGGGAUGCACAGAGCAUUAAUCUACAACCUGAAGGACAGCAAAGAUACGAAAUUACAUAUUCACUACCAGACGGAUGCCUGGUCUCAAGUGGUAGAGAUAAUUCAGACAACCAGGUACACUUAAGUAUGGAAUCUGAAAUAAGUGGUACCUCUAAUUUGGAAGAAAAACUCUGGGUUAAGCUUAAGAAACCCCGUGAAAGUCUUCAACAAUUCUUGUGUAAGAACUGGCAAGAAAUGAUAAGACAUUUGCCAGUUCCUAAACCAAAGAAGGAAAACAGAUAUGACUGGCAGAAAAAGGAACCUGAGGAUCCAGAGGAAAAAAUUAAAUGGAAGAACGCUAUUAAGCAAAAGUAUUGGCGUGUUAUGCGUGCGCCAGUCAAUAUUUUUACCAAUGUUAAUCAAGAGCCGGUCAAAAUUCCAACCACUGUAAAGGAAGGCAAAGAAUGGCAGCAAAUAUUUAUAGCCAGAUGUAAACAAACUUAUUGACCAACAUCUGUCAGACCAAGCCUCAAUGAUCUUUUAAGUUGAUGGACCAAGAAACGACAAAACAGCAGAAGGCAUUGCAUCCCAAAUCUGUUACAAAGCCUUCAGAUGGAAACCUCAUACAACACUUAGCAAACAUGCUGUGAAUUGAUCAUUGAGAACAGUAUACAGUAGAUGGAACACGUGUUCAAACCAAUUCCAAGAGAAUACAUUUACUAAGUGUUUUGUUACUUUAAACUUUAAUCUGUAUCAUUUCCAUGCAGAGAAAACAUGUAUAUCAAAAUUCGCAAUAUGAAAAGCUUUUUUUUAUGAUAUUGUUUUCAUUGGAUUUAGGUGUUAGAACAAAUCUCAAACUAUUCUAUUCCUUUGGAUCAAUUGUAGAUCAGCUCUUGGACCACUGGUGUUCUUAACCAUGAUUGUGAACAUUAUUGCAGAUAUUAAACACUCACAUUUUUAGCUGAUACCAUUAACAUUAGUAGAGGAUAAAGACAAACUAAGAAAGGAUAUACAUGCCAUUUAUGUAUGGACAACUGAAAAUUCUAUGAAUAUAAGAUGCUGAUAAAUUCGAACGUUUAAGAUUAGUCUAACCGGAAGCUCAAGGCCAACUUUAUACUCUGUCAGCAGAAUAGAAGAAAAGGCCUGUUCAUAACUAAUGAUAAGAGCUUCAGUCACCACAUUGAGCUGUCAGUCAAUAAAGGAAAAGAACUGAUGUAGGGAUGAGGACUUUUAAAAAAGAAAUCCAAAAUAUUUGCCGUCACUAGGGAAAACACCAGUGGUGCCAAGACUGGAAUAUCAAAGAAAGAUACUUUAUUGUAUAUAUAUGAAAGAUCACUGAGCAACUGGCACCAAAUCCAAGAGAAGUAUGAAUUAGUAUAAUUCCAUUCGUUACAAUGGUGAUUCUUGGAGUGACCGGCUGUAUCUGUACUUUGCUUCUAAAUUGGCCUCUUUCUGCUCAAACUUCACAAUUUAUGUUUUAUGGAACCUGCCUUUUUUAUUAAUUGGCCAAGACUGUUUGGCCCCAGAAAUGAGUCAUGAACAUAAUGUAGGUAACCAUUGUCUGAUUAUAAUUCGU